AUGGCCUCUCUUACCACAGACUCAGUCACUACGUCAAGUGACAGUUCCUCGAUCUCGCUUGGCGGCCGUGGAGAAAAGGAAGACGCUCUUAAUCCCUUUGAUGCCAUUGUCCCACAACUCUGGGAUGCGAACGAAUACUCUCCAGGCAGCGCAAUCUUGAUGGAGUCGUCGACCUCGCAGAAAGUCAUUCCUCUCCAAUUGGGCUCGCACCUUGGAAGUUCAGCUGCUUGUGUUUUCGUGGCGACUAGCGAUGCUAUAUCUUCCAACAAUCCUAUCGUUGUCAAGAUCUUCGACCCUCGCCAUGCACGGAACCUCCGUUCACAAUACGGGCUAGAGCCAUUCUGCGAGGAAGCUGCCCGGGAAUUCAAGGAAUUUAUCAGAGCAGGGGACUUUGCCAGGCUACAAAAUCGGUUGAGUCAACCUCUGGCAGAUAUUCUGCCGCCUAGCGUCCUUCCGAAGGACAGAUACCCUAUAAUGCCUCACCGCCCAUGGCUCUUUGGGGAUGUGUUCGAAGAUGCGAUGCAAGAUCCUGAAGUCUGUGAUCUACUUGUGUCACACGAAGCCAUACCGCGUCACCCUCGACGGGUAGACAGAGAAGCAUUCAUUUGGAUCAAAGCGACACAUAUGUUCCUCCAUGAAGCACAAAUGUUUACAUGCUAUCAUGAGGGCUUGGAGCCCGGAUCCGCACAGGCACCGCAGCUGUUAGAUCGGCUGCAUACGACUCCGACUUUCCUCAGAGACUUGCCAGAAUCCCAUACAAACUCAUUACAAAUUCCUCAAAUCCACGCGGUCGCAAUGACCUACAUCCAAGGCUACACACUUGCGAAGGUUGAGGAAAGUAUCAUCCACCGGGACUACUCAGAACCCACUGCUGAACAUGCCGCUGUCCUAGAGAUACUACCCAAAACCCCCGAAGCUGCUCUACAGCUCCUCCGCAGCGCCCAGUCUUUACUCUGUCAACCUAUGCAAAACGGGUUACAGUUCUGCGACCUCAGAGAAGAGAACAUAAUGCUGGGUAUGCUCGACAGUGACCGUCAUAUCAACGAUGAGAAUGGUCAAGCUCGACCUCUACCCGGUCUCUACUUUUCAUGGAUAGAUAUGGGAUCAUUCCAACUGCUAUCGACCAAGGCGGAACUGUGCCCGACGACAUCGACAUGUCCUUUUUCGAUCGAAACGUAUCUUGCGCGAUUUCCUCGCAACGCGGAUACAUAUUCAGAGUCGGUUCUUUUCCAGUCGGUCGCACUCACUAUCCUUAAGGGUGGCCUGAAUACGCAAAUCAAGGACAGCUUCAGAUUGCGACGGUACAAUCACUAUGUCGAUGGUUAUGACCCGGCCACGUUGUUUGAAGACACAGUGAAAUGGAGGGUUAUAAUGGAGAGUGCUUGCCUCCCUUCGCUUAUGCCAGGUCCAGGUCCAGGCCCAGCUCUGCCAGCUGCGAUUUUGCAGCGAGUCAUCGAGAUUGUGAGGGGUGUCAUCUCUCAAGAGACGGCCACCGAUCGCUCUAGGCUCAGCCAUGCUAGAGCGGUGAUGAAACUGUUUCGCAUUCUAUCUGCGUCACCUGGGUGUCCUGAUGGUCAGGAGAAGGAGACCGAAAACGCCGAAAAGGCUGCUGCUGAACGAUUCAUCUCCCUGCUCGAUACGGUCGUUGAGCAGUACCCGCCAGUUCGGGAGGGGGAGGACAACAAGAGUGAAAAUAAAGCUGGGUCUACCACUUCUACCGAGCGUUUCGUCAGGGUAUGGGAUUCUGACAAAGGUGCCUAUAAUACCAUCCGUCCUGGUGACGACGGUUGGGAUGAUGACGAUGCUAUUGAUUGGACUUGCGAGAAAACUGCUGUUGACCCGCCCACCGUGGAACAGAUUCACCGUGUGCUUUGCUCGAGGCCGGACUUGAAUAUUUUUGGCAAGUUCUGGUUUACAGAAGAGAUAAUGGGCCUGAAUCUUGAUUCUGUUCUAAGUGAACUACAAGUCCGGAUGGACAGGGUUAGAAAUGUCGACAUUGACAUGGAAGCUAUUCGACUUCGGCUGGCACGGGCGUGUUUAUGA